GUAGUUCUCAAAUAUCUUUUUAAUCUUUUAACUUUUCAAAAAAACUAAAAGUAGAAAGCUAUUUUAUAAGCAAUCCCAAUCACCCCAUGCAAUUUUCAUUCAUAUUGUAUACACGGAUGCAGUGAUGAUCAAUGCUACUCUAGAAAAAAAUUAAGUUACAGAAACAGCAUGAAGGAUAACCAUUAAUGCAUUUAGAAAACUGUUUGUUGAUCACAAAACACCAAUUUCCCACCUUUCUCACAAAGCCCUUGCUCUCCAAUCGAAUCAACCAUCUUUCCAUAGCUGUACGUCAAUGGCAUCUUCCCCAAAACCCUAUGAAACUCUUUUAUACAAUCUCCUCUCCUUCUUCUAUGACCCUUUUUUCUACUACUCAACCCCACCGCCACCUCCUCUCCCGCCGCUCUCAAUCCCCGCCCCCGCCGUCUUACACCUUCGUUCCUGGCGUCCCCCCAAUCCCUCACCCUUUUAGCCCCGACAAGAACCGGUCCCAUACCCGUCUUGUUUGCUGCAACGAAAUUCAUCAGUAUGUCUUCGCAAUUCCUCAUCUCAUCCACGAUUGAUCUCGCCUGCGCCAUUGAUUCACCUCCUUCGCAGCUGUACUCGUAUAAAUACUCAGUUUUCAUAAACAUGAACUUUGUGAGUAAGAUCGAGUAGCGAUUGGGGUGGACGGUGUAAAUCCAUGUACGGCUGGUGAGGUCUAGCUCGUGAGAUCUGGCGAACAGUCCCACGAGUUGUUCUGGAUUGUUCGAGCGACUCUUCCAGAUCUCAAAAGCGAAUUGGAUCGAUUUUGGGUCGACCUCGAUGUCGUCGUCGCAGAUCAGGACGGCGCGUGUGGAAAUCCAUGGGCGGGGGAGGAACCGGGCGUUGAGACUAGACGACGGUUGUCGGAUAACUGAGAUCGGCGCGUCUCCAGGAGACGAGAUCGAGAGGUUAUGUGAGAGUUCCACUAGGGUUUUUGCGGGCGUUGUAGGGUUUCCCCAUAACACAACCACGGCAGCUACAGACGGAGAACUUGAAUACACUCCGGUGACUGUCUGCAGGAUCGGAAUGCGAGAUUCCGAGUAGCCGUUGAUCAACACAGUGAAUUGAUCUGAUCGGAGAGCUUGUGGGGACGGUAGGCGCGUAAGGUCACAGUAAUGAUCACCGGACAGUAGCCGGAGAGAGAAAACGAUGAAGAAGCGUGACGAAGCGACGGCAAUGAAGAUGAAUAUGACUUUACCAGUGGUCAUUCUUCAUUUAUUUCCGAAAGUGACACUAGUAAUGAAGUAAAUUUACAUUUAUAAAAAGCAAUGAAAAAGGAUGGUGGCACUUGCGUAAUUUGUUCGCAACUAUAAGGUUGAAUUUUUGGCUUUGAUGGGUGGUGGGUGUUCUCCAUUUUCACCCUUUAAAAUCUUUAUCCUCAAAGGAGGAAGAAGCAACAAAAAUGGCUUUUUUGGGUGUAACCAAGCUGCCAUUGAUGCCUCUGAUUUCUUUGAAUCCGAACAGGUUUUCAAAGCCCAUCCAUUGCACUUCUCUUCAACAGCAGGGUAUAAAGAUUGAUGGGAGCAUUGAAUGUGAACCUUGUGAUGGGAGAGGAUGGUUGAUUUGUGAUUUUUGUAAAGGGCAAAAGACUAAUGUGAAAUCUGAAAACAAUCGUAUCUAUCGUAGAUGUCCAUCUUGUAGAGCUGUUGGGUAUGUGUUGUGUUCCAAUUGCAAAGUUUUCAAAUGUGUUACUUUCCCUGAUCAAAGUGAUGGCGAAAACUGA